CCAACAUGGCUGCCGACGCAAAGUUUUUGAGACUAAGUGACUUUUCUAGUUUUUUGGAUUAUUUCGAUUAUUAUAUCCAUGAUGUUAUUACAAAAAUGUUUAUACAAGGUGGAAAUAAAUUAGGUGAAAGCGCUGAAAUAUCGUCGUUAAGCUUCUGUGUAAUGUUGAAUACGAAACGUUCAGGAAGAAAGAGUGAUGUUAUCGUGAAAACAAAUAUGAGUUUGAAGGAGGUGGAGGAAUUACACACAAAAAUGAAUCAAUGUCAAGCAAUCAAGAAAUAUCUGGCCUCGAGUUGUAUAGAUCAAUAUAAAAGCAUCCAUAUUGCUUUGGAUAGAGUUACUUUUAUGAAAGAUUCUUUUGAAAUUAUUAGUGCACAAGGUGACCUCUAUGGACAGAGUAAAGAAACUGAUCAAGGCAAAAUCAUAAUAAACUACAAUGAUGUUAAAAUUGAUAAUGGACUAAACAUGGAACAGUUGCGUAGUGUCCUGUUAUGUAAUCUAGUGGCACAGGUUUUAGGCCAAAAGAAGUUCAAGGUUGAUGUACACAUUCCUGGGUCCAGCAGUAUGGUCCAUGGUAAAAAUUUGAAUCAUGUUGAAAUGGAAUACUUUGGUAUUUCCAAUUUAAGGAGUGAAGAUAUAAGUUUUAGCGGAGAAACUGAGAGUAUUCUAUGGGACAAUCUUUUGAAAUCACCAUUUAGAACUGAUUCAAAGCCCACACAGGAGAAAGACUUGCAAAGAGUUUCUUUUGGUAAAACAGUGAAUGAUACCAAAAGGUGUCUGCAUAUGUUAAGUGAUUACAGUGAAACUACUGUUGAUGGAAAAAGAAAUGAAUUACCACAACAAGGCUUGACAGAUGACAGCCUGAAGAAUAAUACAUUUUUUUGUGAAGAUAUUUGGUUUGAUCUGACAGUAUUUCUUGAACAUUUGAAGACAUCAGAACAAAUCAAUGGAUAUUCAUAUGCUAUGCUUUACAAGACUGUGAAGAAUAUCAAUGUUUCACCAGUAUGGAAAAAUGUGUUGUAUCUUGAAAUGUUAAAAGAUUACAUUGGAAACAAUUUAAAUAGCAAGAUAGUCCUCGUUUGCGGUCAAGAGAAGUUAGCUCACUGGCAAAAGGUUGCACUUAUUUGGCGAUCUUUGACAUCAAAUGUAAACAUGGCAGUCGAGAAUAGGAUUUUAGUUAUAUCUCAUGCAGGUUCUGCGUCAAAAUUACGUGUUCAUGAAUUGUUAAGGAUCCGAACAAAGCAAGUUAAACAAUCCUAUCUGCUGAAAUACGGACCAGUUGUCAAUGAUAUAUCUUGGACACAAACAAUUACCAAAAUGGCUGUGUCAGUGAUAAAGUUAGAAAUCUUGCUUGUUCCUUCUAACUUCCAGGUAAAACUUGAUGUUACAGAAAGCAAUGAUGUCCCCCCCAGCUGUCGCCAAGCUUUGUUUGUGUUGUACAAUUGCGCAAGACUUGCGAAGAUAUUAGAAAAAUAUCAAUAUGAAAUUGACCAAGGAACGUAUCCUCCGCUACCUCAUGUAAAAGACAUUGAUUUUUCCCUACUAAAAGAUCAAAUUGAAUGGGAACUUGUGUUGAAAUAUGUGGCAAAUUAUCCGAUAAUUGUGAACAAUGUGGCCUCAUCAGUUAAGAAUCCGUCUGGAUUGAUAAGGUGUACUUCGAGCAAGAUUCCACAGUUUCUAGUUUCCUUAAGUCAAGCUAUCAGCUCGUACUACAGCCGCGUGCGCAUUUUAGUGAAACCACAGGAACACUUGUAUCCAGUGAUUUUCGCUAAGCUGUACCUCAUUAAAUCUUUACACCAGGUAAUGGAGAAUGCUUUGCAUUUAUUGAACAUAGACGCGAUAGAUCAAAUGUGAAAACUGGCAAGAUUGAAAUGGAAUUUCACAAACACCAUGUUAGAACAAUAAUUCGAAAACAGGCAAGAAUUUUUCAGAGUAUUGGUAUCGUAUAUAUUGAUAUAAUAAUGAUUUUCAUUCGAUCAUGAUUUCUUUAUUUAUUUAAUACUUAUUUAUAUUUAUUUCACCUAAGCCACGACUACGUUUGUAUAUAUAUUAUCAUUUUGCGAUAACAGUAGAUGUUUUGAGUUUGUUAGAUCAUUUAUGAAAAUUCGCGCAAGUGUAUUUAUUUCUUCUGCUAUUCGUGGUCGUUCGCGAAAUUUGCGCAAACUUCCAGUUUGCUUCACUAUAGUCCCCCUGGUAUACAUCAGUCAUCAAAAAACAAAAUUGUUUCGAGUUUCGACCAAGGGUAUAUGUAGUUUAUAAAUAAAAUCCCAGCUUAUUUAUAUUAUACUCCCGUCUUUAUAGCCGGACUCAUUAAUAGACAUUAGAGCAGGAGAGAAUUUGAUUAUCUUA